GUUUCCCACCAGUCUGUUGUGUUACCUAUGCCUCCUCCCAUUCAAGCAAUCAUGUUAGUCCCAGCCAAUUUACUGAUUUCAGGGUGAAAACAUGGUGUUUGGGUGAUAGUGUCGACCAUACUGUUCUCGAGUAGAAGCCUUAUCUCUGAUCCGGGAGCCUCGAGAAGUAUAUUCCUUAGGUCAACUGCUGCUCCAGAGACACCAGUUCUUCCUGCCUGUCCGUUGUGGCAACACGAUGUGGGGAAGGUUUGGAGGUGGGAAAUCUGUACCCGGAAGAAUAAAGCUCACAAGGGGUGAGCCUCAGCAAGCGAUAAGCCCGACGAGUGCUGUGAGAGCACGCGAGGGUCCUGAAAUCGAUGCUGCUGAAAUCCUUAGACCGUCAAACGAGGAGAGACAGCUAGCGUCGAAGGCUAGGAUACAAGAGGCUUCCCCACCAGUUGCGGAAACAGCUACAGUUGUGGUAGAGCCAAUGCCAGAGUCAAGAUCCCUGGAUACCGCUAGGGUUGCCAAAUUCAAAAAGGAACUUUCCGCUCCAGCAGUUGACCUAGAUGCGCUUCGCGAGCUUUCAUGGAGUGGCGUACCUCCCAACCUAAGACCAACAGUUUGGCGUCUAUUGUUGGGUUAUGCACCGCCAAACGCGGACAGAAGGGAGACAGUUUUGGCACGGAAACGUCAAGAGUACAGAGAGUGGGUUCCUCAGUAUUAUGAUAUCCCAAAUGAAGACCGCAGCGAUGAUGAAAUUCAUACACUGCGUCAGAUUUCUGUUGAUUGCCCGAGAACAGUUCCAGAUGUUCCCUUUUUCCAGCAAACCUUGAUGCAGACAGCAAUUGAGCGUGUGCUCUACAUUUGGGCCAUACGUCACCCGGCCAGCGGAUAUGUUCAAGGCAUCAACGACCUGCUGACUCCAUUCCUCACAGUAUUCCUUUCUGAGGUCUUUGAAGGAGACAUUGAUACCUGGGUGGUUUCAAAGCUUUCUGAAGACACCCUUUUGCAAGUUGAGGCAGAUAGUUACUGGUGUCUGUCGAAGCUGCUUGAUGGCAUCCAAGACCACUACACUUUUGCACAGCCAGGCAUUCAGCGGCUUGUCUUCCGCCUCAAAGAGCUUGUGAGAAGGAUUGAUGAGCCUGUUUCUCGGCACAUGGAAGAGCACCACUUGGAGUUUCUUCAGUUUGCGUUUCGGUGGUUCAACUGCCUGCUCAUUCGUGAGAUUCCGUUUUCCAUCGUGGGGAGAUUGUGGGACACGUAUCUUUCAGAGGGUGAUGGUUUUGCGGAGUUCCUGGUUUACCUCUGCGCAAGUUUCCUGCUGACUUGGUCGGAACAACUUCAGCAAAUGGAUUUCCAAGAAAUGGUUUUAUUCCUGCAACACGUCCCAACAAAGAGAUGGAGUGAGAAGGAGCUUGAUAUGGUGCUGUCACGAGCCUUUAUGUGGAGGGUCAUGUUUAAUCGUUCACCUAGGCACUUGAAUUCUUCGUGACAGAGUUUCGGAUCACAAUUUUUUUUUGUUUUUUGUUUUUUGUUGAGUGAUUUCCAAAUCUCUUGUACAGAAUUUUAUGUACGUGCAAUGUAG